UUUGUAACUAAAGGUGAUAUUACUGAAUACCUAAUUAUUUUGAUUUAUAUUAUAAACCGUGGAAAACAUAGGAAAAUAUAGUUUAGACAUGAAUAGGCUAAGAAAGUGUAGUUCUAUCAUAUAGUUUAGACAUGAAUAUGUCAUAUAUCUAUUAUUCCUUGUUUAUCUUAACAGUGCUACUUAUGGCAGAGAGAGGAGAAAGCCAUGGUGACGAGUGCAAAGAAGCAAGGUGUGGGGAGAAGGGGCCACCAAUCAGAUCCCCUUUCCGACUCAAAGGCAGGCAACCACCCCAUUGUGGCCUCACUGGCUUCGAUCUCUCAUGUACUCAUUCCAACCAAACCACGCUUGAGCUCCCUAAUCUUCGGUUGAAAUUACUUGUAAUAGAUAUAUACUAUGAUAAACAUUACAUGGAUGUAAAAAAUACCCAUUGCAUCCACAAACAGAAUUUGAAAUUCCUCAAUCGUUCAAUUUUUCCUUUCAAGUUCUCUGAGCAUGAAGACGACCAUGGUACGCUAUAUAUGGAAAUGCUUUACCAAUCACACAAAUUACAACAUGUUUUAUCUGGGUCGUCCAAUCCCUUGUUUGAUAAACAACGACUCCACAUAUUCUGUUUAUUACCAGCCGGGCAGUGGCAGAGAGAACUACUGGUCGAGUUUAGUUUCGUGCAGAAGGAUGUUUAACUACACUUUCCUCACUGCUGAUGGUGAUGGUGAUGUUUUAUUAGAAUGGUCAAAAUCAUACUCAGCAAGCAAAGGUGGUCAUUCGUUAAAAUUUUCAUUGGUGACUGCAGGUUUUACAACAGGUUCAUUUGUUAUCGCUGUGGGGUUCCUUGCAACUCUAUAUGUCUAUCAAAAAGAAAGACAAAAGAGAGAAAAUGGACUGAGAAUUGAAAAGUUUUUGGAGGCAAACUUAUGCCGAAUAGAAUUAUGGCAAACUUAGAAUUAGAAACUAUAGCUGAAUAAACAGGAAGAAUAUUUAAUUUAUUAUUUUUUUUAUUUGUACGUCAUUAUAGUUGUGUAAUUUUAUUUAAUAUAUAUAUAGAAUCGCUUUAAAUUUGAACUACAGCUUUAGCAUAAUGUAUAUAUAAUAAAAAAAUUAAAAUUAUAAUAUAUAUAAAAAAUAAAAAAUAAAAGUAAUAGAAACAUGAAAAAGCUUUAUAUAUAUAUAGGUACGUACUACUUAUUAACUAGAAUAUAUAUAUAUAUAUAUAAAUUGAUAUUGUAUAUAUGCAGAAUUGUGUAAAAUAGGAAGUGAAGAGCGAAAUGAGUGGUACAUUUUUAGCCACAAAAUAAGAAAUACCCAACGGGAACACGCACAAAUAGAACAUCGAAGGCAGGUUUCUGGAAAGCAACAGGAAGAGACAAGGCCAUAUAUGCUAGGCAUAGCCUGAUUGGGAUGAGAAAGACUUUGGUUUUUUAUAAAGGCCGAGCCCCUAAUGGUCAGAAGUAUGACUGGAUCAUGCAUGAGUAUCGACUUGAAACCAACGAAAAUGGAACUUCUCAGGCAUGUCCUCUCUCUCUCUCUCUCUCUAAAUACAAGUAUAAUAUAUGAAAUGUUAACUGUAGUGUGCUUUGCUCCCGAAGACUUUGCAGCUCUGGGUUGAUGAGGCUGUUGUUUCUUAGUGACAUGGUUUGAGUUGCAUGCUCUUUGUAAGGAAGCAGAUAUGGAAAUGGAAGCCAUGAUUCUUUCAAAGGAUAGCUCCUAAUCUGGUUCUUUGGUUUUCUUUUCUCACUUGCAAAUUGCAGUGAUUGAGCUUAUGGGAUAGAAAGUAGGGAGCAAUCCCAUGCUUCCAAAUUUAAAAAGCUUAUCUUCCUCUUCAUGUGGCUUGUCAGUAAAGAUAUGGGCAAGUUCUUAUUUGUUA